AUGGCGAGAGCUUCACCGGUGGAGAUCCUGCGCGCGACGCGACAGCUGCCUGUGGUGGAGAAAGAGCUUGUCUUUGGCAAACAGUCGGUCGACGUAGCUGCCUCUCUGUCCUCUGCAGGAGCUGCGUGGGGAAAGAGCCCGCGCAAGUGGGUAGCGGCCCCGUCCUCCUCCUCCUCCUCCUCUUCCUCUUGUUCCAAUGUCCGUGAGUUUGGCGACGUCAUGCCACACGAACUGCGGACGUUAGUAGCUGCUUCGUUCGACGCGUUUAUGCGCACACAGAAACAGACAGAUGAUUCCUGUGCCGUCGUUGUGAUGCGCGCUGGUCGCGAGUACCGUGAAGCGCUCGCGACGUGCAUUGCGGCUAUGCAAGACCGUCGUCGCAAGACACAAGAGCUGGAUCAAGUCGUUGCAAACACAGAGAGUGACUUUAUCCACUUGUUGAAUGCGUCGCUAACGAUCUGGCGCUUGUGUGAGCUGCUGCUGCUUCGCAGCGGAACGAGAAGAGCUGACAAGACGCUUGCAUAUGAGGUGGCGCAGUGGCUGCAGGAAUGUUACUGUACCAAAAUGGUGGAAAACGCAGAGCGGGAGAGCGGGCGACUUAAGCAGCUAGAGAAACCAGAGAAUGACGUGGCGUUUUGGAGGACAGUUGAGGAGCUGGUCAUGACGGGGAGUGGUGUCAGUGCCUGGGGGUUGUUGGCUUCGCACUCAAGCUGCAAGUCUUUGUUUUCUCGUGAUGCGCUGUCGGUGACAGGAACGUCGACAAAGGCAGCGUUCCAAGCAGUGUACAAGUUGUUGCUGUCGAUGCCGGGGAGAAACGCUACGAACAUGGGCAUGAAUUACGACCCGCCAGCCGAGUGGAAGAACUGGAACGAUGCGUGUCAGUACUUGCUCAGCACGGACGGGUACAUCAAAGCCAAUGACGGACUACGGACGCUGCUGGAGAUUAUGACGGGAAAGGAGCGUGCGUUGAAGAGCCGUGCUACCACUUGGUUCGAACUAAUGAUGGCGAGGCUGUUCCUCGAUGAACCGAGAGCGUUUGCACACCGUUUCCAGUUUUUGAUGGUCGACUGCUUUCGCGCUUACAACAGUGACGAGUCCCAGAUGGAUAAAUUUGGAUGCAUCAUUUUAGCCGUCAUGGAGCAUGACAUCCAGAGCGCGUUACAGGAAAUCACUGCACUUGGGCUUUCGUGGAUGGCCGCGCAUCUCGUCGAUCUAUUGCAUAAAAGCAGUGUAAUUGUGGCUGACGACUUGGUACCACAAACUGAGUGUACCGUGCGGGAGCAUUUGCUACUGGAAUAUGCCAUGGAGAUUGGCGCGAGUAGUGGCAUGUGGCAGUUUGCAGUACGGUACUAUGAAUUCUGCCCUAAGUUUGGAGUUGUUGCGAUUCGGUCCGCGCUGGAGCGCGAACCGUUGCUAACAGACUAUAAGGCUGAGCGUCUUAUUACGUACUGCCAUGGGAAAAAGCUUCUAUCGCAGACUUCUCGCCGCGUCAUGGUCCAGAGAGCGCAUGAGUGCAAGGCAAAAAAGCUGUACGCAUCCGCUUUACAAUGGCUAUUGCGUGGCAACCAUCUCGACGAUGUGGAUGCUCUUUGUGACAAUAUCUUGCAAGAGUGCAACGACAGGAACUCGCUGACUCCUUUGCAUGAAGCAGUUCAGUUUAUCGGGGCAUCUAUGGAGCUCGCGCGCCCACAAAGGUUGGCAUGGCUGGUACGGUAUCGCGAGUUUCACAUGAUGUUGAACGACCGCGAGCAUUUGCGGACGCAGCUGAGGAGUGUCGAUGUCGGAACUAGCAAGGAGGAAUGUACGAGUAUGAGAACGAAACUUCGGUCUGUGUCGAUGGAAACUGCCAAGCGGCUCGAUUGGCUACUUUGUUCAACCGAGGCACCGAAAGUGCUUCGCUCAAACGUACUUCAACAAGCCGAGCAGUUGCUGGAGGAGACUCCGACUGUAUUCAGACCGCAGCAUCUAUAUUCGCUGAUGGCGUACCUGCAGCAAUUAGAUCGUUCGUUUGACCGUCACGAGUUCUACAAGCUGGGUUCGAACGAGCAGCGGAAGGCGCGCAUUGAAGAUUUGAUUUCCCGAAACCUGGCGGAAGCACUGCUUCAAGAGGCCACCGCAAGCGCUAGCAAUAUUGCAACGGCGAGUACUCUAUGUCGUCAACCAAAUGUGUCGUUGCUUGCUCAACAGCCCCAUUUGACCGCCGACGCGUCUUUCACGCCCAUGGAGGAAUAA